AAAAAAUCUGGAUUUAUAGUUCUCCUUGCUGUCAGUUUGCAGUGUCGCCGACAGGUCUCGCUCGCCAUCUUCAGCGAUGACAUCCCGAUCCUUCAAAUACAGCUACACCGGCCCAGCGUCAGGCAAUAUUGGUAGAUUAGUUAUGCUCGGGCGCGCCUGAGUCGACCCAGAGCUCCCUAUCCACCGCAAAACAGCCCGCUAAUCCCUGGCUUGCCUCUGUGCUGCGGCUAUGGCUGCCCGCACUCUAAUCUGUUUCCUUAUGUGAAGAUGAUGCUCAAGCAUCGGUUGGAAACUCAUCGAGAACAUGAUGGCUCUUCGAAUCGCGACCGGCUAUUGGUUGUCCAGACACUGAUUCGGCCUCGAAACCGCCUAGCCGACCGAGUAGUAACCUGCCACAUGUCCCAAUCUAGGCUACAAUUGGCCGGCUGUCUGUGCGAGGCCCAAUAAUAAGUUUCAGCUCCGUAUUUGGUCGUGACAAGAAACAAAUGAGUCCAGGGCCGAAACAAGACUAUUAACCGUUGGCAAUCGCUCGGGUUGCCCGGUGUGCUUGCUUCUAGAAAUCCACAGGCUGAUCAGGUUGCAUGUGAAGUUGCGUCAUUGCAAACAGCUAAGUUCACAGGCGUGGGUGACAGUAAUCCAUGUGGCACACCAAUACCAGACAGUCACAACUGUGGUAUGCAGAUUGGCUACAGCGUGAACUUAAUUUCUUGAAGUGUGAAUUCCAAAAGCAGGAGCACUUAAACAUUGAUAGAAUUACUUGAGAUUG